GAUGGGGAGAAGCCGCACACGUGUGGGGAGUGUGGGAAGAGCUUCAGCUGGAGCUCCAGCCUGAUUCUGCACCAGGUGAUCCACACUGGGGAGAGACCCUACGAGUGUGGGGUGUGUGGGAUGAGCUUCAGGCGGAGCUCUCACCUUAUCAGGCACCAGGUGAUCCACACCGGGGAGAAGCCCUUCCAGUGUGCGGAGUGUGGGAAGAGCUUCAGCAGGAGCUCAGGCCUCAUCGAGCACCAGAGGACACACACUGGAGAGAGGCCCUAUGAGUGUGGGGAGUGUGGGAAGAGCUUCAGCCACCAUUCUGCCCUGAUUGUGCACCUAAAGAUCCACACGGGGGAGAGGCCCUACGAGUGUUCCGAGUGUGGGAAGGGGUUUAAAACCAGCUCCAAUCUCCUCCUGCACUAUCGGAUUCACACAGAGGAGAGGCCCUUCCAAUGCCCUGAGUGUGGGAAGGGAUUCACAGACAAGUCCACGCUCAUCCAGCAUCAACGCAUCCACACCACAGAAAGACCCCAUGAGUGUGGGGAGUGUGGGAAGAGCUUCAGAAGGAUCUCCCACCUGAUCAGCCACCAGAUGAUCCACACUGGGGAACGGCCCUAUGAGUGUGAGGAGUGUGGGAAGAGCUUCAGCCGGAGCUCCAGCCUGAUCCAGCACCGCAACAUCCACACUGGGGAGAGGCCCUACAAGUGCGGGGCAUGCGGGAAGAGCUUCAGCCACCAUUCCACCCUGAUCAGGCACAACAUGAUCCACACUGGAGAGAGGCCCUACCAGUGUUCCGAGUGUGGGAAGGGGUUUACCAGCAGCUCCCAUCUGCUCCUGCACUAUCGGACUCACACAGAGGAGAGGCCCUUCCAAUGCCUCGAGUGUGGGAAGGGGUUCAUGCAGAACUCCCAACUCAUCAUCCAUCAGCGCAUCCACACUGGGGAGAGGCCCUACGAGUGUCCCCAGUGUGGGAAGAGCUUCUACAGCCGCUCUCACUUGACUCAACACCAGCGGAGGCACCGUGGGGAGAAGCCCUAUGAGUGUGGGGAGUGUGGGAAGAGCUUCAGGUGGAACUCCUACCUGAUCAGGCACCAGAGGACCCACAGUGGGGAGAAGCCCUACGAGUGUGUGGAGUGUGGCAAGACCUUCAGGUGCAACUCUAACCGGAUCAAGCACCAGAGGAUCCACACAGGGAAGAAGCCCUACGAGUGUGGGGAGUGUGGGAAGACCUUCAGCCAGAGAUUCAGCCUGAUUGUGCACCAGAGAACCCACACUGGGGAAAGGCCCUACGAAUGUGGGCAGUGUGGGAAGAGCUUCAGCGACAGCUCCAGCCUAAACGCGCACCAGAGGAGCCACACUGGGGAGAAGCCCUACAAGUGCACAGAAUGUGGGAAGAGCUUCAGUUGUAGCUCCUCCCUGAUCAAGCACCAGAGGAUCCACACUGGAGAGAGGCCAUAUGAGUGUGGGCAGUGUGGGAAGAGCUUCAGGCGGAGCUCCAACCUGAUCAUCCACCUGAGGAUCCACACUGGUGAGAGACCCUUCGAGUGUGGGCAGUGUGGGAAGAGUUUCAGCCACCAUUCACUCCUGAGCAGGCACCAGAGCACCCACACUGGGGAGAGGCCCUACGAGUGUUCCAAGUGUGGGAAGUGGUUUGAGACCAGCUCCCAACUCCGCCGGCACUGUCAGAGUCACACAGAGGAGAGGCCCUUCCAAUGCCUUGAGUGUGGCAAGGGAUUCAAGGAGAAAUCCAAACUCAUCUCCCACCAGCGCAUCCACACCGGGGAGAAGCCCUACGACUGUGGAGAGUGUGGGAAGAGCUUCAGGUUGAGCUCCACACUUAUCAGUCAUCAGAGGACCCACACUGGGGAGAAGCCCUACGAGUGUGGGGAGUGUGGGAAGAGCUUCAGCGUGAGCUCCAGCCUGACUGUGCACCAGAGGAUCCACACCGGAGAGAGGCCCUACGAGUGUGGGCACUGUGGGAAGAGCUUCAAAGAGAGCUCCAACCUGAGGAGGCACAAGAGGACCCACACUAUGGAGAGGCCCAAAGAGAGUUCCAAAUGUAGGAAGAGGUUUAAAACCAGCUCCGGUCUCCUCCAGCACCAUCAGAGUGGCAAAGAAGAGAAGCCCUUCCAAUGCCCCGACUGUGGGAAGGGAUUCAAGGAGAACUCCGCCCUCACCAUCCACCGGCGCCUUCACACUGGAGAGAGGCCCUACGAGUGUGAUAAAUGCAGGAAGAGGUUUAAGACCAGGUCCUGUCUCCUCCAGCACUAUUGGACUCACACAGAGGAGAAGCCGUUCCAAUGCCCCGACUGUGGGAAGGGAUUUAGGGACAACUCCACCCUCAUCACCCACCAGCGCAUCCACACCGGGGAGAGGCCCUACGAGUGUCCUCAGUGUGGGAAGAGCUUCUCACAGAGCUCUAACCUGACCCGACACCAACGGAGGCACCGGUAAGGGAAGCCCUGCAAGUGCUCCGAGUGCAGGAAGAGAUUUGUGCUCUGCUCCAGCUCCAUUCCCCACUGCAGGAACCACUUUGGGCACAGCUCUGCUCACCCACAUUCCCUGUGAUCCAUGUUGGGAACACUCCUGGCUGCUUCUCCUUUUGGUUUGGCCUUAAUUUUUUUCUCUUUGCAAUCUCUUUUUACUCCAAAAGGCAAUACGGAUACAUCUGUCACAUCAAAACUACUCAAACGCCAAGAAAACAGCUCAGUCUUAUCCCAAAAGGACUCAGUCCAAUACAAUAGGGGCUUUUUCCCAUGUCAAUAAAACGCUACCUCUUCACAAUGUCACUUGAUUCCACAGCCAGCAGAGUCAGAUGGGGUUGGGAGGAGAUUUUCAGAAGUGAGAUCCCAGUUUAGAGGGGUGGGAUGUGGAUUGUGUGGGGCUGAGUGUGUGGGAUGUAUUUGAUAGCAAAUAAAACUCUGAGACUUACUGAUUUCUCUCCCGUU